AUGAGAUUUUAAGACAAAGUGUGCGUUAUUACGGGAGGAACAGCAGGCAUAGGCCUAGGAAUAGCUGAGAAGAUUAUUUCAGAAGGAGCAUCAGUCAUAGCUUGUUCUGUUGAUAAGAAUAUUGAAGAGAUUGUAGCCUUAUUGAGAACUAAGAGAGUAGAUCAAUCUCAGCGAGUGGAAGGACUUUAUGUCGAUGUCACAAGUGCUAAAGAUAGAUAGACUUUGGUAAAGUUUGUUGAAAAGGAAUUCGGAAGAAUUGAUGUUCUAUUUGUCAAUGCAGGGAUAGUUAUUUAUAAGAAAAGUUAAUUUGACCUAACAGAAGAGGAGUAUGAUAGAAUGAUUAAUAUAAACAUCAAAGCUGCAUUCUUCACAAUUGAGUUACUGAGGAAAGGGAAAGAUGCAAAUAUCUUAGUGACUUCAAGUGCAACUUCUGUUAAGCCAAUCAAAUUAGGGGGUAUAUAUACAAUGACUAAGAGUGCAGUGAACAAUAUGGUAAUUUGGUUGGCUUAGGAACUAAUGGAUCAGGAUAUUAGAGUCAAUGCUAUCCUUCCAGGAAUGGUAAAGACAAACAUGACAAAGAUACAAUAGAAGAUGUAUUUGGACAAGUAUCCUAGAUCUCUCGCUGAACCUUGGUAAAUUGCUGCUGUAGCUGCUAUGAUUACUUCAAGAGAUGGAUCUUUUAUUAAUGGGGAAAAUUAUCUAAUUGAUAGCAAGGUUUUUGACUGGAGUAAUAUGUGA